AUGUCUGGCUUAAACAUUCUCGUCGUCGGCAAUGGAGGCAGAGAGCAUGCCAUUGCUUGGAGAUUGGCCCAGUCUGCCAGCGUUUCUCAAAUUUACGUGGCUCCCGGUAACGGAGGUACCUCUACGUUGGGUUCCAAGGUGGUCAAUGUUCCUGAGCUCUCCGCCAACCCUGAGGACUUUGGCAAGUUGCAAAAGUUCGCCGUCGACCACAAUGUUGGCUUGGUUGUUCCUGGCCCCGAGCAGCCUCUUGUGGACGGCAUCACUUCCGUCUUCACUAGUGUAGGUAUUCCAGUCUUUGGCCCCAGCGCCAAGGCCGCCGUCAUGGAGGGCUCGAAGGCUUUCUCCAAGGCUUUCAUGGACAAGCACAACAUUCCUACGGCCAAGUUCAAGAACUUCACCAGCGUCGAUGAGGCCAGAAAACACAUCCAAGAGGUUGACUACAAGAUCGUGUUGAAGGCCGACGGUAUCGCCGCCGGUAAGGGUGUCUUGAUUCCGCAGACCACCGAGGAGGCUUUGGCCGGCUUGGACGAGAUCAUGGUUGCCAAGAACUUCGGUGCUGCUGGUGAUGAGAUUGUCAUCGAGGAGUUCUUGGAGGGUGACGAGUUGUCUAUCUUGACCAUCACCGAUGGUUACUCUUUCUUCAACUUGCCUGCCGCCCAGGACCACAAGCGUGUUGGUGAUGGCGAUUCCGGACUUAACACCGGUGGUAUGGGUGCUUACGCCCCAGCACCAAUCGCUACUCCAGAAAUCUUGUCCAAGAUCGACGAGCAGAUUAUCAAACCAACCAUUGAUGGUAUGAGAAAGGAUGGUAUGCCAAUGUGCGGUGUUUUGUUCACUGGUAUCAUGUUGAGCCCUACCAAGGAGCCAAAGGUCUUGGAGUACAACGUCAGAUUCGGUGACCCAGAGACCCAAACCGUUUUGCCAUUGUUGACCGACGACACUGACUUGGCCCAGGUCAUGUUGGCUGCUGCUGAGCACAGAUUGGACUCUGUCUCGCUUAGUACUAAGGAGAACACUUACUCUACCACUGUUGUCAUGGCCGCUGGUGGCUACCCAGAGGCUUACGGCAAGGGUGACGAGAUCACCAUUGUCGAUGCUCCAAAGGACACCUACAUUUUCCACGCCGGAACUGCCGAGAAGGACGGCCGUAUUGUCACUGCUGGUGGCAGAGUCAUCGCUUCUACUGCUACCGCUUCUACUUUGAAGGAGUCCGUCAGCAAAGCUUACGUCGGUGUUGACCAUGUCUCCUUCAACAAGAAGUACAACAGAUCAGACAUUGCCCACAGAGCCUUCCGUGACUCCGAAAAACUCGUCGGUGGUACUACCUACGCUGAGGCUGGUGUUUCCGUUGAUAACGGUAACUUGUUGGUUGAGCAGAUUAAAGCCAAGGUGAAGUCCACCGCUAGAACUGGUGCCGACUCCGACAUUGGUGGUUUCGGUGGUUUGUUCGACUUGAAGGCCGCUGGAUACGAUGGUGCUGACACCUUGUUGGUUGCCGCCACUGAUGGUGUUGGUACCAAGUUGAGAAUUGCUCAAAUCAUGGACAUUCACGACACUGUUGGUAUUGACUUGGUCGCCAUGAACGUCAACGACUUGGUUGUUCAAGGUGCUGAGCCAUUGAUUUUCCUUGAUUACUUCGCUACCGGAAAACUUGACGUCAACAUCGCUGCUAAGUUCGUGACUGGUGUCGCUGAUGGAUGUAUCACUGCCGGCUGUGCUUUGGUUGGUGGUGAGACCUCUGAGAUGCCAGGUAUGUACGAUGAGGGCCACUAUGACACCAACGGUACCGCUGUCGGUGCUGUCUCCAAGACCGGUAUCUUGCCAAAGAUUGAGAACAUGAAGGAGGGUGACGUCUUGAUUGGUUUGAAGUCUGAUGGUGUUCACUCCAACGGUUUCUCCUUGGUUCGUCACAUCAUUACCAAGUCUGGUCUUGACUACAAAUCCACUGCUCCAUGGACUAGCAGUGGUAAGAGCAUUGGUGAGGAGCUUUUGGUCCCUACUAAGAUCUACGUGAAGCAAUUGCUUCCAGCUGUCAAGAAGGGAUUGUUGCUCGGAAUGGCCCACAUCACCGGUGGAGGUUUGGUCGAGAACAUUCCACGUGCUUUGCCAAAGCAUUUGCAGGCACAAGUUGACUUGAGCAAAUGGGAGGUUCCUGAGAUUUUCAAGUGGUUUGGAAAGCAAGGCCAAGUCCCAGUUGCUGACUGGUUGAAGACCUUCAACGUUGGUAUCGGUAUGGUUGUCAUCGUUGACAAGUCAAACGCUGAUGCUGCUCUUGCUGAGCUUAAGGCAGCCGGCGAGGAUGCUGUUGUCAUUGGUCAAUUGGUGGCCAGAAACGGAGGUGAGGGCUGUGUUGUCAGCAACGCCGAGGGAGUCUAUUAA